AUGAGUACGCCGGUUGAAAGGAAAGCGCGGGUGCUGUCCCGCAAGGAGAUCGAGGCCCAAAUUGCCAAUGGCUGGUCAAUUGUCAUAGUGGACAAUAAAGUGCUCAAGGUCGACGCGUGGAUGCCGUACCAUCCCGGAGGAGACAAGGCCAUGCGACACAUGGUGGGACGAGACGCCACGGACGAGGUCACUCGAUUUCACUCGGCUCAAACACUCGAGCUCGUGAAUCGCUAUCAAAUCGGCCGAAUCGAAGGUAGAUGGACCAAUUUUCUACCGCCAAUACAAGGGGGGAAAUUCAGAACACAGGAAGAGCUCGAUAAGCUUCCUGAUGAAGAAUGUCUUGGUGGCUCCUUGUCAGAUCGAGACUCUGCAAGCUCCCCAUCCUCAGUUGAACAGAGCCCCAUCUUCGAGCCUGCCGACCGAUCGACCUCAGCAUUGCGGAACCGAAACGCUCGCAAUAUCACCAGAACUUCCUCAAGCUCUUCCAUCUCUUCUGUCGAACUUGAACACACAAAAAUCUCGCCGAAGAUGUCGGUGCUCGAUCGAAGAACACAGCAAGAGCUGGACUUCGACAAGGCUAAAUACCCAGCCCUGGACAUCAAGACCCAAGACAACAUCACCAAGAAGUAUCGGGAGCUGCAGAAACGCAUAGUAGCAGAAGGGUUGUAUGAAUGCAACUUCACGUCGUAUGGUAUCGAGUGCCUGCGGUAUAGCCUGUUCUUUUGCGCCUUCCUAUAUUUGCUUUGCAAUGGAUGGUAUAUCACCAGCGCCAUUCCGCUCGCAUGCUUCUGGCACCAGCUUACUUUUACGGUCCACGAUGCGGGACACAUGGGCAUCACACAUGAUUUUACGACUGACACGACCAUCGCAAUGUCUAUUGCUUCAUUCCUGGGCGGCUUGAGUGCUUGCUGGUGGAAGUACAAUCACAACGUUCACCAUCUUGUCACGAACCAUCCAGAGCACGACCCGGAUAUCCAAUACAUCCCUUUCUUCGCCGUCACCCAUCGUUUCUUGGAAAGUCUGACAACGACCUACUAUGAAUGGGUAAUGGAGUACGAUGCGUUCGCAAAAAUCAUGGUUCGUAUCCAGCACUACACGUACUACCCCAUCAUGCUCUUCGCACGCUUCAAUCUCUAUAGACUGUCGUGGGUCUUCUUGCUUUCUGGAAAGGGGCCAAGGAAAGGCCCAGCAUGGUGGCACCGCUACUUUGAGCUGUUUGGAAUUGCAGUGUUCUGGGCCUGGUAUGGAUACGGAGUGGUGUACAAAUCUUUCCCUGACAACUGGAGUCGUUUCUGGUUUGUGCUCAUCAGCCACGCCCUUACCUCGCCACUCCAUGUUCAGAUCACGCUAUCGCACUUUGCAAUGAGUACUACCGACCUGGGCAUUCACGAGUCUUUCCCUCAGAAAAUGCUUCGAACGACCAUGGACGUGGAUUGUCCGCAAUGGCUCGACUUCUUCCAUGGAGGCCUGCAGUUUCAAGCUAUCCAUCACCUAUACCCUCGUAUUCCAAGACAUAAUCUGAGGAAGACACAGAAACUGGUACAAGAGUUUUGCAAUGAGGUGGAUAUACCAUAUGCGCUGUACGGCUUUGUGGAUGGUAACAGGCAGGUUGUUGGACGACUUGCGGAUGUGGCAAGGCAAGCGGCGAUUUUGGCCGAGUGUCAACGCACAAUAGCAGCGGAGGGGGAUUAUGGUAUGCAUUGA